CUUAUCAUCAAAUCGCCUACCCUUUCAUCCAUUGCACUGCCUGAACUACCCAAUCGAUUCUCUGCACCAGUCCCUCGCAGAAAUCUGAAAUCAUGUCUACGGCUGUCAUGAUGCCCGCUGAAGCUACACCUCUACCUUCUCCUCAAACCCAUAUCGAUUCCACUGGGGCAACGGGUUGUCCCAUCGGGGUCGAUACGAUCCAUUUGUCAGCCGACAAAACGACUCCAAUCGAUGAAGUGCCCGAUGCGUCUGGAGACAUCACGAUGACCGCAGCGCGGCCCACUGAAGAUGCUGAUCUUCAAGAUCAAUGUGCACUUGUUGCUCCUACGAUCACCACAGACGGCACCUCGGCGUCCAAGGUCGACCAUCCCCCCCUUGACAACGCCCACGACCCCAUUGCUGUCGUUUGUGGUAUUGCACCUCUGGCCAACAGUGCUCCCAGUCAUGAUCAGCCUCUCCGCCAGUGGCUCAACCAGCUGUCGCUCCAAGGACCAUUAUAUCGACUCCCACGCCCCAGGUUGAAUCGGUCUCUGCGCCCGCCACUCAGCCAGUUGUGACGGAGCAGUCCCAACCGCGACAGGUGUCACCACUCAACCUACAUCCCAACAGCCUCAGACCGGAACCGGAUCUGUCAUCACGAACCAGGACGAGUCGGAUGAUGACGCCGAAAUCGACAUGGUCCCGGCGAAUGUUGCUCCGGAGGCAGGAGAACCCAAGGACAUGCCUCCUGAGGAGCAUGUCUCCACCGCCCUUUCUGUCUGAUGCAAGACUU